AUGAGAAGUUAAGAUCUUGAAUUUGUGUAAGAGAAUUUAUAGAUUCUUAUCAAGAAAGAAAAGGAUCUGUAAAAUUAGUUUUAGGAGAAGGGUAUUGAAUGAUAUUCUUAUUUAGAAAACCAAGAGCAUAUUUAAAUAGUAAAUAUUAAAUUAAUAUACAUUACUCAGUAUAAAUAAAAAAUGUCAAAAGUUAAUUGAUGAUACAUUAACAAUCAAAUUUAAAUGUGGUAACAAAAUCUGAAAAUAUGACCAUUUAAAUGCUUUAUAAAGAAUUUAUUAAAGUACAUUAAAAUUAUUUAAUAUCAGCAAUAAAAUAUUUUUAUUGAUAUCACAAAGUUAAUUAAAAAUCAUAAAGAUAUAAAUUAAAGUGGGGUAAGAGAGAUUGAAAUGUAAAAUGCAAGUAUCAUCAUUUCUUGAAUAAAGAGAAAUAAAUGGAAAAUCAACUUAUGUUCUUGAUAAUGAUGAUACAAAUUAUGAUGAAAAAGAUUCAGCAGAGAAAGGGUAGAAUUUAGAUUAAUUAUCAAAAAUGGAAGUUAACCCAAAUAUAUAGCAUAUAGCUAUGUUAAUUUAAGAAUACGUAGAAGAAAUAGAUUUUAUUAUAUGUUGUCUAAAUAAGAAAUUCCAAAAGGAUGCUUUAGAAAUACUCAAAAAAAAUCUUAACUGAAGUAGCAAGAGUAGUUGUUGAUUAAGUUAAGAUGUUAUUAGAUAUUGCUGAAAAUAAUAUUAAUAAAUCAAAUACAAAUGUUAAAGAGGCAGUUGUUGUAUUAGAUGGAGUAAGCUUUUAUAUUUUAUUUAAAUUAGGCAAAAGUAGAGCAUAAAUAAUAUAUGAAAAAAAGUAGCUGAU